AAGUAAAAAAAAAAAAAACUCAAAAAGAAAGAAACUGAAACCUGUUUACUUUCAAACUACCACCAUCCCACACGCGCGACUCUCCGCGCGUGACAUCUCCUCUCCUCAUUCACUCACAUCACAUGCUCUCUCUCUCUCGCAACUCGCAAGCAAGUCGUCGUACAAAGUUCAGAAGAACGAACUUCAAUCCCCUCUCUCUCUCUCUCUCUCUCUCUCUCUCUCUCUCUCUCUCCUGUUCAUGAUUCCUCGUUCGAAAUUCAUGACCAUCGUUAACCCUUGAUUCUUCCAAAGGGCAAACAGAAGCGAACAGCCGGACUAGGUUCUUUGAAGUGGUUGAUGAUAGUUGUUUGUUUUCGAUCUUUGGACUUUAGAAUUUGUGCUUUAAGCAAGCUGAUAGUUGUGUUGAAGUUUUGACGAAAAGACAAGGGCCAUUCAGUUACGGGUUCAGCGCUGACAAAUGGAUUUAGAAUACAAGAUCCCUUCUAAAGCUUCGGGUGUUCAGAGCCUUUCGUCCAGCGUACGAAGUACUCCAGAAAAAAAUGGCCAUUCAAAUGAUGCUUCAAGAAGUUCCGAACUCCUACAGGAGUUUGUGAAAUCUGGUCCAAAGAAGGAACUUCUUCCUACGUGCGUUAAUAAGGACAAAAGGAACGUUUCUUCAAAAAGCAGGAUGACUGAAACUAAGUCCACUAGUAAGAUUAUCAAGAAACAAGACUCAAAAAAAGUGUCCAGUCUCAGCAAUCAGUCUUCUAAGAAGCAGCAUCGCAAGGGAGAAAACCCCAUGCGAUUCAUACCUCCUCCUGACCCGCCUUCUGAUUUUGGACAUUCAGACUCCUGGAUCUGUAAAAAUUCUGCUUGCAGAGCUGUUCUAUCUAAAGAUGACACAUUUUGUAGAAGGUGCUCUUGCUGUAUUUGCCACCUUUUUGAUGAUAACAAGGAUCCUAGUCUUUGGUUGGUAUGCGCAUCUGAAUCUGCUCAAGGGGACUCUUGUGGGUUGUCUUGCCAUAUCGAGUGUGCUCUUCAACAUGAAAAAGUGGGAGUUGUUGAUCAUGGUCAACUGAUGCAACUGGAUGGUGGCUAUUGUUGUGCCUCCUGCGGUAAAGUUACCGGGAUACUUGGAUGUUGGAAGAAGCAGUUAACUAUAGCAAAAGAUGCCCGUCGUGUAGAUGUACUAUGUUACAGGAUAUAUUUGAGCUACAGGCUUCUGGAUGGGACUUCCAGAUUCAAAGAACUGCACAACAUUGUACAAGAGGCAAAGGCUAAACUGGAAAUGGAAGUUGGUCCAGUUGAUGGGGUUUCUUCCAAGAUGGCACGUGGCAUUGUCAGCAGACUCCCUAUUGCGAGUGAUGUACAGAAACUCUGCAUUCAGGCUAUCCAGAAAGCUGAUGAGUGGCUGGCCAAUGUAAAUCCAGAAUCUAGAGAGGAUUCACUCCCUGCUGCCUGCAAGUUUGUUUUUGAAGAGGUAACAGCUUCCUCAGUCAAAAUCAUUUUGAUUGAAAUGUCGAAUGUAUCUUCUGAGGACAUUAAGGGAUACAAGCUCUGGUAUUACAUGAGUAGGGAAGAAUCACACACUGAAGAUCCUGUCUGCGUGUUUCCGAAAGCUCAGAGGAGGAUUUUGAUAUCCAGCCUCCAGCCUUGCACAGAAUAUACUUUUCGCAUUGUAUCUUUUACAGAUGUGGGUGACCUGGGUCAUUCUGAGGCCAAGUGUUUCACCAAGAGCAUUGAGAUAUUGGAAAAAGAUCCAUCUCCACCAGUUGCCUCAAAUCAUAAAAAGGAGAACCUUGAAACUGGGGGAAAUUCUUCUGGCUCCAAAAUGGAGCCUGAUCCCACAAUCGCAGACUCCGGUUUUAAGGUUCGGGACCUUGGAAAAAUUCUGCAUCGUGCUUGGGCUCAAGAACAAGGUUGCUUUGAGGGGUUUUGCUGUGCUGAUAAGAAAAACUGCUGUGCGAAAAGUGAAGUGAUCAAACCUAGCAACAACCCAGAAGAGCAGUUGCCUUCAGUUUCACGAGGCCUUGAUCUAAAUGUUGUUUCAGUGCCUGAUUUAAAUGAAGAUCUAACUCCUCCUUUUGAGUCUUCUAGGGAUGAAGAUAAUGGCUGCACUCUGCAACAGACUGUUGAGGCAGACGACGACGCUGCUUCUCAUGAUCUGGAGAAAAAUUUAGCAAGACCACAUGGCAGUGGUGGUUCCCAAACCUGGACCCAAGGGCCAACUGGGGAAGUGCCCGCUGUUGAUUCGCGUGUAGAUGCCAGUAGGAAAAGGGUAGCAAGCACAAAUGAAGACAACCAUGAUUGUGACAGCACUUUGAUAAAUGGAUCUCCUUUGCGCGUACCUGAUGCUUCAUCCUCAUUAGAUGAGAACUUUGAGUAUUGCGUGAAAGUAAUCCGUUGGCUAGAAUGUAAGGGUCAUAUCAAACAGGAAUUUAGGUUGAAGUUGCUGACAUGGUUUAGUUUAAGGUCAACAGAACAAGAACGUAGGGUGGUUAAUACUUUCAUUCAAACUCUGAUUGAUGAUCCAAGUAGUUUGGCAGGGCAACUAGUUGAUUCAUUUUCUGAUAUUAUAUCCAACAAGAGGCCGAGAACUGGGUUGAGUAAUAAGGCUGCGGCGCCGAAUUAAGGGUGUGGACCAUUUGCUUCAAUCAAGACUGCCACCAUUUUACAAGUGACAAAUCAUCCUGAUUAAUUUUGCCUUCGUUGUACAGGCAUUUUUUCAUUAUUCAUCAUGAUUCAUUUUUACUGGGACAAGUUUUGUCCUGCUAAAAGUACUCGCAUUGAUGAUUGCAGAUUCAGUAACUCAUUUUUCCUUGAAGGGAGGAUCUUUUGGACAUGAAGUUUCAGGAUGUAGAAUGUUUUUUAUCUUUUACUUAAUUACUGCAAUUAUUUCAGUUAUGAAUUUAGUCAUGGAAGUUAAGUGUUGAACUUUUUUCUUAUUGCUUUCAUUUGACAAGCAACAUGAUAUGAUCGCUGGUUAUUAAUCCCAUGUCAUUUCUUUUGUUA